AUGGUUAGAAUCAGAGGAGGAUCUACUAGUGCCGGACGGUCCUUUAGACUUAGAGAUGAGGACAUUGAGAUUGUGGAACCACCUCCUGUGGCACCUAAAAAGAAAAUUGUGACUCGUGGUAAAGUGAAGCAAACUGCCCAAAGAAAAUUGGUUACUCCAACUGCUAAAUCAUCUGAUAAGCAGAUGGAAGGGCAGAACUCUGAAGGAAACAUUGUUGGUGGAAAUGAGGAACCAGAGCAGGCUACCCAGGGUGAUGAAACUGUCACAAGGUCAUCUGGUAAAAGAAAGAGAACUGGAAAGAGGAGGAGCACUCCCCAAUCCAAGAAAAAACAAUCUGCUGAUCCCUCUGUUGAUCAGCAGGAUGAAGGAAACAUUACUGAGAAUCAGCAAACACCUGAAUCCUUCACCAGGAAAAAUCUUCUUGUCCCUCCAAUACCUGAAAACAAUGCAAAUGUUCAUGGGAAAGAGCCAAGACCUGAGUCCACAGGGCCAACCACUGGUACUGAGACCACACCAGCUUCCAGUUCUCAGCCCAAGGAUAAAGGCAAGGCUCCAGCAACUGAGGAAGCAUAUGAAGAUGAUGAUGAAGAAACUGAGGAAGAAGAGGACCCUGAACAGACUGUGGCUGAGUCUAGAAGGAAAAACUUUCAUGAAACCCCUGCCACUCCUAGGACUCCUCGUGAUCAGUCAGACUGUGUCUCUCCCUUUACCAUUCAUCCUAGAAAGUCUGCCAGCAAGUCUUUCGCAUCCAAUUCUGAAGUCAUCUCCUUGCUUGAAGAUCUCAAACAGCAUGUCUUACUCAUUGAAGAUGAGCCAAGACCUGAGUCCACAGGGCCAACCACUGGUACUGAGACCACACCAGCUUCCAGUUCUCAGCCCAAGGAUAAAGGCAAAGCUCCAGCAAUUGAGGAAGCAUAUGAAGAUGAUGAUGAAGAAACUGAGGAAGAAGAGGACCCUGAAUAG